UAUCUGUAUUUGUGUAAUAUAGGAAGACAACAAGAAAGGAAAGAAGCAGAGAAGGAAGUGUAGAACCUUUCAUCCUGCUGUGCAGUUAUCACGCUUGCUUUUUGCUAUGCUCCUGUCUCAACAGGAUAAACUGAAAUUCAGCAUGGGACCAGAAAAUACAACCACAGUUACUGAGUUCAUCCUAGAAGGUUUCUCAGGGCUUGAUCAAAGACUACAGCUCUUUCUCUCUCUGGUCUCUCUGCUCAUAUACCUGACAACAGUGGUGGGGAACGCUACCAUCAUUCUCCUGGUGUGUGUGGAUCACCGCCUACAAACCCCCAUGUACUUUUUCAUCAGCAAUCUGGCCUUCCUGGAAAUCUGUUUUAUAUCCUCUACAAGCAUCCAACUGUUUAUAAUCCUGAGUUCUGGCAGGAGAACAAUCUCACUAAGCAGCUGCUUUGCUCAAUCCUAUUUCUAUUCAGCACUGGGCUGUACAGAGCUUGUUCUACUUGUUGUCAUGUCCUUUGACCGCUAUGUUGCCAUCUGCCAACCUUUGCAUUAUGCUGCCAUCAUGAAGUCUCAGCUCUGCAUCCACCUCGUUGUUGCUGCUUGGGUCACAGGCUUCACACUCUUGAGUUACCGCCUGGUCCUCCCCUACAAGCUGACGUUUUGUGGCUCAAACAAAAUUAAUCAUUUCUUUUGUGACAGCUCCCCUUUACUCAAACUGUCCUGCUCUGACACCAGACUGCUUUGGAAAAUGGACUCUGUUUUCCUUUCCUUUUUCAUUCUAGGUUCCUUAUGUUUAACUCUGGUAUUUUACAUGUGCAUCAUUUUCUGUAUUCUACAUCUUCCAGCAGCCUCUGGGAGGAAAAAAGCUUUUUCUACAUGUUCUUCCCAUCUCACCACCUUGGCAAUUGGAUAUGGGAGCUGCAUUGCUCUCUACGUGUGUCCUUCAGAAGAUGUUUCCUUGGAGAACAACAGAAUCAUAGCUUUGCUGAAUACUGUCCUGUACCCAUUCUUAAAUCCAUUCAUCUACAGUCUUAGAAACAAGACUGUGAUACUGGCCCUGAAAGAAGCCAUUGCCCGUACAAUAACUCAGCUUUUCCCCUGAUCAUGAGGCAUUUCUGGACAGCAAGUCCAGUGAUCUUCUAUCAUAUGUUAAAUAAUACCAAUGUAUAUGGAUGUAACCUCAAGACAGAGAUACCUCAGGAGAUUUACAGGAUCAUAGAAUC